CCAGCACUCCACGCUCCCUGCGUCCACCUCGCCGCCCAGCGUCGCGCCGUCCAUGUCUCCGUCCUCUGCGGCGCCACAGCCCGCCACGGCGGUGCCCCUUGCGCCCGCGCCGCCGUCGCCCGACAUGGCACCGCGCGCGCCCGGCACGCCCUCGUCGCUGCGCUCGCACAUCUCCCUGCAGCCCACGCACUCGCAGCGCAGCCGCAGCGGCCACGCAUCCGGCAGCACCAGCCACGCUGCAUCGGCGCCGUCGCAGCCCCAGGGCAAUGCGCACUUCGACGACGACGACGACAGCGACACCGAGUCACUCGUCACGCCGCUCCUCAGGCGCCGCAUCGACGUGGGCGCCGCCGCGGCAUGGGACGACUCGGAGGAUGACGCAGACUCCUCCGACGACGACGACGCAGGCGCGCCACUCGCCCUCUCGCGCCAUCGCGACGCACGGCGGCGGCGGCGACGCCAGGGCGGCGUGCUCGCCAGCAGCGGCGGCGGCGCCUCGUCGGCUGCCGCAGCAGCGGCGGCGGCGCCCGAGUCGUACUUGACGACGCUGCGCCGCUCGUCGCGCGCGCGCCAAUGGCUGCGGCUGCUGACGCACUCGUCGGCCGCGCACGCCUCGCUCUCGGCGCCGCACGUCUCGGCCAAUCUCUUUGCGGCGUCGCUGCAUCCCGGCGUGCUGCUCUCCAUGCCCCACUACUUUGCCCGCACCGGCACGCUGGCCGGCGCCGCGGGCCUGCUCGGCGUCGCCAUCCUCGGCGGCGCCGGCGGCGGCCUGUGGGUCGUGCUCAGCCGCUAUGUCAAGGGCAAGACGGUAGAGGCCAUCACGGGCGAAAGCUUUGGCAAACAUACGCGCUGGAAAGGCAACGUGGGCAGAGCAGUGGCAGGCGUGCUGCUCGCCACGUACGCCACGGGCGCCGCAGUCAUUGCGUACUUCGCGCUCGCGGAUCUGCUCUUGCAACUCCUCUUCCACUACUCGCCGCGAGGCAUCCCACUGCAUGAUCGCGCCUUUGUGACGUUCGUCAUUGGAGGUCUCCUCACCACACCACUCGUCAUCUUUCCCCUCGCCAAGCGCACGCUCAUUCGUCUCUCCACCAACCUGGCCGUUCUGCUCUAUCCCGUGCUCCUCGCCAUCGUUCUCGCAAAGGUCUACACACUUCCUCCCUGCUCCGAACCGACGUCUCCUCCUCCCCUCGACGUCCUGCCCAACUUCAAUCCUCUCCACUCACCCUCCGUCUGGGCCCCCUUCUCUCUCCUCCCGCUCCUGACUCUCUCGAGCAGCCCGCUGCAGAUCCUGGCGCACAACCGCAGCCUGAGGAGAAGAGGGCUGAGUGGAAGUAACGUCAAGGCCUUCUUUGGAGCGCAGGCGGGACAGGUACUGUUUGUAGUGGGAGUCAGCAUCGCGUUUGGCCUGGGGGCGGGGACGAAGGGAAUUGGGGAACGGUUGAGAGAAGAGAUUCACCCCAAUCUCUUCGCCUCGCUGCCGCGCGACGAUCAUCUUCUCAACCUCGCACGCGCCUUGUUCAUCCUCGUACUGGCCUCUCAUCUCGCGCUGUGUCUCGCCACGGCUCGUUCCUCCUGGGGUCGCCUUCUCUGGCUCUUCAACAUGAACCCUCUACGUCGUCGACUUGCUCUGCCUGCCACUUCUGCCGGCACCUCGGCGCCCGUCUCCGCAGCAGCAGCCACGCCUGCAUCUCGCACCGGCACCGGCCGCGCCGUCAGCGGGCGCAAGGCGCCGCGCGCAUGGCCCAAGCUGGCGCGCAACGCCCUGGCAGGGCUCCUGCUCUGGGCCAUCACCGCUGCCUCGGCCUACUUUUCCGGCGUCGGCGGCUUGCGCCGCAGCGAAAAGCAGGGCGAGGAGGCUCGCUUUUUGCGCGGCAGCGAAGUGCUGGGCCUGAUGGGCGCCGCAGUGGGCUUCGUUUGUCCGGCGCUGGUUUGGAUCAUCAUCUUCUUCCUGCGGCAGCCGCGCGCCAUCUUGCCGCCGUUUGCGACGGCGCUGGGCCGCAGCGCCUCGGCAUGGCUCAUGGCGCCCCUGGGCAUGCUUGCUCGUCGUCGCCCUGCCGCCGCCUCCUUCUCUGCUGCCGCCGCGGAAAGGGCUCCGCUACUAGGCGGCGCCUCUGUCCCUCCGGCGCCGAGAGCAUCACUUGCGUCUCCGCAGCCGCAGCAGCAGCAGCAGCCGCACGCGCAAGAAGACGCAAGCUCGGCCAACGCUGCGCUUGCGCCUGCGCCACCGCCAGACUGGAGGCAGCAAGGCAUCGCAGCACAGGCGCACAACGAUGACGCCACCAGGAUUCUGCUGGCGCGAAAGGAGAGACAGAUGCAGAAGCGGACGCGCAGCCGACGCCUGUCUCAAGACAUCAUUGUCCUCGUGGGCAUCCUGCCGCUGGGCGUGGCGCUGAUUGUGCUUGGCUCCUUGGAGCUCAGUCACGGAGGCUGGUGAUGUCUUCUCAGGCCUCUCUCGAAGCGGCGCACGCAAUGGCAUCCCCCCCCCCC